AUGCCCUCGCACAGCGACUCCUCGCCUCUCCUGCCCCACGCCUUCCUCAACGCAACUCGCAUACACUACCUCGACAACCUUCGCACCUUUCUCACCGUCCUCCUCAUCGUUCACCAUUCCGCCACUGUGAAAGUCUCUCUCCCAUCCUACCCCAUCGAGCGCAUCAUCCUCAAAGUCUUCACCACUACGAACAAAGCCUUUCUCUGGAGCACGUUUUACCUCGUAUCGGGCUUCUCGAGCUCGCUCUCGCUGACGACGUACGAGAACGGCCAGGAGUUCCUCAAGCACCGGAGCUUGCCCCUUGCGAUACAUGCGUUGGUGUGGGGUACAGUGGGGAGGAUAGCCGUUGCGUGGGCGCUGACGAUUACGACGGGCGGUCAAGGAGUGUUUGGGAGCUACGAGCUGUUGAAGGAGCAGUUGAUCGGACCAGCAUCAUAUCUCGCCUUCCUCAUCGCAUUGGACGGCGUAUAUGUAGGUCUACGGGCGCUCGGUGCUCCGCGUCUCGCUCAACUCCUCGGUCGACAUGGUCACUUUUCCUCUCUCCUCCUUCCGACGUCUACAAUUAUCGCCCUCCUAGUGUGCACCUAUAUCAACGCCUCUCAAUCGCAAAGGACCAUCGCGCCGCUCCCGUCCUUCCUCUCCACGCUGAUAUCGUCGUUCGACUACCCCCUCCCAGAUGCACCCUUAUCGUGCGUCAUCGCCUACACUAUCGGCGCUAAUUGGGUCGACAUCAGAGACUCGUUACCUCCUUUUCUAACCUCCCCGCUACUCUUCCCCCUCUCCCUAUCAGCGUCCUACGCGUACCUAUCUCUCGAUACAGCUCUCUCAGCCUCCAAUUCCUACAUCAUCCUCUCUAACCGAACCUUCUACGCCGACUUGCACACGUUUGCCUUUGUGCUCUGGGACGCCCUAGCGUCCCUCAUCAUUCCCCUCUCCCUGCUCUCUUUCUUCGCCUCUGCUUCCAUCCUCCGGAGGUCAUGGAACGUCCCGGGUACGGGCAGUUGGAGGAAAUGGUAUAUUCUGACAUACGUCCAUAUGAUCCCUGUGCUGGUGUUGAGGUGGUUCAUUGCGCGGUUGAUGAUGGAGACGAGAAUCAGAAGCGCGAUUGCAUCUGCGGUAUUCGUAGGCGCUUUGGCGCCUGUGAUGGGUUGGGUCGGGGUUCGGGGUGUGGAGGUGGUGAUUAUGGCGGUCGCCAGCUUGAGGCGGUGA